AUAUUCGGCCGUACAUUUUGCGUCCAUCCUGGCCACCAAUAUUGCGUCGCCUGCACAGAUCGGCGCAAUUUUCUGUACGAUAACGAGCUCAAAUUCUUUGAAACUUAUGGGCGGGGACCAAGUUCGUACCGGUAGAAAGCGUUCUCGUCAACCCUUAAAAUAAUACUUUUGACGACGCAGACAGCAUUGAAAUCGUUCUCUGAAACAAGUGACAACAACUAUAUUUUGGACAAAAAAAUGGCAAUGAUGGUAGAACCGAUCGUAUCGAAAACCCGAGUUUGCAUAAAAAAUCUUCCUCCAAAGAUUACGGAGCAAGAUUUAAAGGAAUUCAUCUUGAACGAGCAAGGACAUCGAAAACGCCAGAAACAGGCGAGCAGCAGAAGUAAUAGCUAUGAAAGAGAAAUGCAACUGCAAAUCACGGACUGUAAGAUCCUCAAGAACUCCCAAGGGAAAUCCCGAAAGGUUGCCUUCAUUGGAUUCCGUCAACCGGAACAGGCCCUUCACGUUAUUGGGAAAUUUCAUCGAACCUAUUUGAACAUGAGUCGCAUUACAGUCGAGGCUGCCAAAGCAAAGAGAGAUGAAAAGGGACUCAAAGAUGAUGAAGAUGGAGACGAGAAACAAGAAGGGAAGGGUUUGAAGCCAAAUAAGAACAUGAUUGAAAAUUCGAAACAAGGCUCAAGUGCACUUUCGGUUCUUGCUGUGGAAGCCAAUCAAAAGGGCUCUGACAAAAAAGUGGAAGAAUUUUUGAGUCUCAUGGGAGCUGGGAACUCAAAUUCAAAGUUUUGGUCCAAUGAUACAACCAGAGGCGAAGAAAUUGCGGGGAUACUUCCCAAACCAAGCUGCGAUGAUAGCAACAGUGACGACACCAGUAGUACCAGUAGCAGUGCAGACGACGAUAAAUCACACAGGGAGGAUGAAAUUGCAAAAUCGAGUCACGAAAUUAAAACCGGAAGCACCUUAUCUGAUUUGGAUUUUUUACGUUCGAAAAAAAGGCAAGUUGACGAUUUAGAACAACCGCAAAACGAUGACUAUUCAGAUUCAAACUCUUCCACGUCUAGUUCGAGUUCCUCCUCGAGUGAUAAUAGCGAUCAAGACGGUGACUCGACAAUAGAUAGAGACCAAGAACACAGAAGUCAUCGCCAGGGAACUAUUCAGAAACUCUCGGACGACAUUGAUACGAGUGCUGACGACGACAUGGAUGACGAAGCGAAGCAGCUAGCUGAGGCGAUCGGAGCCUCAAAGACUCGAUUGUUUGUUCGAAAUCUUGCAUUUGAAACAACUGAAGAAGAAUUAGAAGAAUACUUUUCUCCGUUUGGAAAAGUAACGGAGUGUCAUAUACCAGUUGACGAUAAAAAACGCAACAAAGGAUUCGGCUUUAUAACGUUUGAAUCCGCGGUGGACGCAAUUGAAGCUACGAACCAAUUAGACAAGGUUGAUUUUCAAGGACGUCUUUUGCAUAUACUGCACGCCCGUCCACCUCCCCAAGAAUCUCUCAGUGGGAGUGAAAAUCGUGAAAAAUUAUCUUGGAAACAGAGACAGGAACUUGCUCGGAAGGAAAAAGAAACAAAAGGAUCUACCGGGGAGGCUUCUAAAGGCUGGUCCGCAAGUUUUGUACGUGGAGAUGCAGUUGUAGAUAAUUUGGCGCAGCGAUUGGGGCUCCGCAAGGGAGAUCUUCUCGGAGUUAAGGACAACUUAUCGUCAGGAGAUGCCGCAGUUAGGUUAGCCUUAGGAGAAACACAAAUUAUUGAGGAGAACCGAAAGUACUUUCGUCAACAUGGGGUGGACAUGGAAGCUUUAGUUUCCGCCAACGAAAACCAAUCGACUCAAAAAACAGCACAAAAACGAAGCAAAACGGCAAUUCUCGUUAAAAAUCUACCUUUUGAUACCCGUGUCGAGGAGUUAGAGAAACUUUUUCAUGUUGGUCAGGAACCAGUCAAUAUUCUAUUGCCUCCGAGUAGAACUAUCGCAAUGAUUGAGUACGGACAUUCCACUGAUGCCAAGCGAGCCUUUCGCAAACUAGCGUAUCGCCGAUUCAAGCAUGUACCGAUUUAUUUGGAGUGGGCACCACUGCAAGCCAAACUGGACAACAUAAACAACAGGGAUUCGUCUUCAAAAGAUGACAUAUCCAGCCAAUGUGCUAAAUCAGAUGAUAACGAACGACCGGCAACAGAAAUGGAUACAGCUACUUCCAUAAGCAAUUUCGGAAAUAAAAGCGAUGGCAACGACUCUGGCGAUGAUGAUGGUGAAAACGAUCAUGUGUCUUCCACGCUAUACAUCAAAAAUCUCAACUUUGAAACCACUGAAGAAAGCCUGCAGCAGAUCUUUGAAAAAAAAGAUGGUCGCAAUGUUUUAUCUGUUCGUAUUCCACGCAAAGUCACUCCAACGAAUAGUGGCCAUGCAACGCAAGAAAACCGGUCCUUGUCUAUGGGAUACGGCUUUGUGGAACUGGCAUCACACGAACUGGCCAAAAAAGCCAUCAAAAUGCUUCAGGGAAAACUUGUUGAUGGACACUCUUUGCAGCUCGCCAUUUCUUCUCAAAAACAAGGUUCUCGAACACCGUCGAAUUCCGCUUCCACCGGCAAGAAACCUCCAACGAAAAUCAUGGUACGAAACGUUCCGUUUCAGGCAACACGAAGUGAGAUUUUGAAGCUUUUCGGCACCUUCGGUCAGCUGAAGAAGGUCCGUUUGCCAAAAAAAUUCGACGGAAACCAUCGGGGCUUUGCAUUUGUCGAAUACCUUACCGGAAAGGAAGCCUCGGUAGCAAUGAGCGCGCUCUCGCGGACUCACUUGUAUGGAAGGCAUUUGGUACUGGAAUGGGCGAGUGUCGAUGAAAAGAGUGAUUCUGGCAAAAACAUGGAACGACUUCGGCAGAAAGCCAGGCGCGAUGCCGCUGGAGCUGCCGCUGCAUCGGCCGAACAGAAACGAAAGAACAAAAAAAUUCGUUUCGAAUAAGAAAUCCCUAAUACUUAUCUGAAGAAC